UUGAAAGCUCUCUUCUAUAGUUGUGUGCUUUAGCAAUACAAUUGUAUAACUUUCUUGUAUUUGUAUAGAUUCAUGUGAGAUAGACAAGUCUUGUUAUGUUCCCUAUUGACAUGGUUGCUGGAAGAUAUUCAAAGAGCAUGAAUGAAGCUAAAUAAUGGAAUUUGAAGUUAGUAAAAAGCGUCCAUAUACACACAUCUGACAUUACGUCUGGGCGAAAAAAUCAGGAACAUAAGAACUGAAGCGAAACCGAACCGAAAAAAAAGAACCAAACCGAAUUUGAAAACGUUAAAACAACUGAAGGAUUUUAGACUCAUAACCGUGCCUAGAUAUACAAAGACCAGAGGUGAUAUAAAACUUUUAAAUGAAUUUUUAGAUGUAAAAAAAAAAUCGUAAAUUUAAAUAAAUUAAGUGUAUACAAAAUCAUAGGCACAUAAGUAUACGAGUAGUAAAAAAGGAAAAUACAGAAGUUCGGCUCAGUCAAAAACAUAGUGAAAAAGGAAAAGACAUUAGGAUAUCUAAUCCUAUUUAUGUUGCGCCUUGCUUAUACUCUUUUUCACUCUCUCUCUCUCUCUUAACGAUUCCAUUAUCUCUCUUGUCUUCUCUCUAAGAAAAAACAAAACCCUAAGAAUGUCGUCGAAGAAGGUAUCUGAGUGCACAAUGAGGAAAAGAGGAACAAAGAGAAAGAUCGAAAUUGAGAAACGCUUCACUAAACAACAACGAUCGGUGGCUUGUAGCAAACGCCGUCCAACACUUUUCUCCAAAGCCGCUGAUCUCUGUCUUCUCUCUGGAGCCAACAUGGCCGUCUUCGUAACCUCUCCGGACGAGAACUCCGACGUUGUUUACUCCUUCUCCGGCUACUCUCCUGCCUCUGAAAUUGUUGAUUGUUACCUCAACGGCAAGUCUCCUCCCAAGCUUAUUAACUCUCAAUCCAAGUUAGGGUUUUGGUGGGAAGACCCUGAUCUAUAUCGUUAUUGUGACGAUCUCUCUGAGUUAAAUACCAUCGAAGAUCGUAUGAUGAGAACGAGGAAGCAUCUGAUGGAUUGUCUUGAGAAGAAAGAAAAAUCACAAUUUGUUUCUAAUUCCGAUCAAAACCCUAACACCGACGAGAUAUUCAAUAAUGGUGGGUCUUCUUCUUCUUCUUCUCAAAUUGCUUCUGAUUUAGGCCAAAACCCUAGUACCUCUUCUCCGUCUUCCUCACAGAUUGUUUCUUUUGAUCAGAACUCUUACACCUCCCUUGGCAAGUUAUGUGGCGAGCCUUCGUCACAAGUUACUUGUUAUGAUCAAAACCCUAACUUCUCUGUUGGCGAGUACUCAUGUGAUCAAUCUCGUUACUUGGUGAAUGAAGAUCCUGGAUUUGUUGACUGCUUAUGUGAAACAGAGGAGGAGAAUAACGGAAUGAGUCUUCCUCAAGAAACACAGACACCAUCGUUGUUCACUGAGGAUCAGAGCUUUUGGGAAAAUCUAUUUAAGGAUGAAGACAACGUGUUUGGUCUUCUUAACGACAACCUUGAGGUUCCUCUUCAAGAUCAUUCCUCAACCAACGAAGAAGAAGACGAGUUUAUGAUCGAUAUCAGUGAAUUCUUAAGCGAAGAAGAAGAAUUCGAAUGGCCCCUGUUUUAG